AUGAAGCAUGGGGUCGCGUUCCGCAAGUUCUCGAGGACGUCCUCGCAUAGGAUGCUCAUGCUGAGGAACCUCGUCACGUCCCUCAUCCAGCAUGAGCAGAUCAAGACCACGCUUCCCAAGGCGAGGGAUGCUGCUAGGUUGGCAGAGAAGAUCAUCACACUGGGCAAGAAGGGCGAUAUCCCCGCAUUCCGCAAAGCCACCGGCUUCCUCCUCGACCAGUCUCUAGUGCCCAAGGUUUUCACCGAUCUCGCAACACGCUACUCUGAUCGACCUGGCGGUUACACGAGGAUACACAAAUUCGGCAACCGUCCAGGCGACAACGCACCUCAUGCCAUCCUCGAGCUUGUAGACAACCCGAGGGACCUACGCUUCGCGAUGACUGCUCGCGCUGUUGGGUGGGAGUUGCUGGGGAGGAAGGUGGAGCAGCAGGGCGUCAAAGGUGUUGUGGCUUCUGGCAUACCGGAGGUGGACGAAGUGAUCGAGCGUGAACGGGAGAGGGGAGUCGACGAGCGAGGGCAGCUGAGGACGGUCACGCGCAAGAACCUCCGGAAAGUCCUGAGGUACCGAGGCGGCGAAGGAGUGGCAGAGCUCACGAAGCAGGCAGAGGAUCACGUUGACACCUUGCUGGCGCGACCCCUCGCCCUCAAAGAGAUGAUCGCGGCCAAACAGGAGCAGAAGGACAAAAGGGUCAAGGGUGCCACAACGUUCGAGAACCUCCGCUUGACAGCUGGUCAAACUGUCCCUGGUGGUUUGCGAAGUACGCUCCAUCUCGCCCAAGGCGAGCUAGGCAAGGACAGACCUGGCCGAUGGUACUUCUUCGGCCGCAAGAAACUUGGUGUAGACAACUCUCCUCUAUGGAACCAGCUAUGA